AUGCAGCAGGCGAAUUAUCGGAAUUACAAUUACCCGCAAAAUGCAGGCACACUCGGAACUCCCGCUCGGCGAGGGCCCGCCCCGAUUGCGCAUCCCCAACACCAAGCUGCGCAGCAGUACAACGCCGUAAACAUGCAGGCCCAGCAGCGCGCCGAGGCCGAACGACGCGAGAAGAUGCGCCGAAUCGCGAAGAAUCCUACCGACAAGAACAUCCCUGAGGGCGUCGAGGACGUCUGCAUUGGUGACGGUGUUGCGCGUUACCGCGAGCUGCGCGAGGUCGAGCGCGCGCUUGACGCGACCAUGAUGCGCAAGAAGCUGGAUGUCAUGGACUCGAAGCACCACUCGCGAGCGUCACGCCAUGGUACUAUGCGCAUUUGGGUCUCCAACACGGCCGAAAACCAACCGUGGCAGAGCAGUGGCAUUGACGCAGACGCAUUCGAUUUCGAGAGCGACACCAAUGCUACCUACCGGGUGAAGAUUCAGGGCCGCCUGUUGAACGAGGACGGUGACGAGGGCCUAGAGGACGAGGAUGAAGAUGACGAGAGCAAGGACGCUGACGCCAUGGACGAGGACGGCGCCGAGUCGAAAGCACCCGUCUCAAAGCCGAAGAUGUUCUCGCAAUACUUCAGCGCAAUCACGAUCGAUUUUGACCGCAACAAAGACCUCCAGCCCGACAACUUUACACAAAUCGAGUGGAAGCGACCAGAGAACCCUACAGCAAAGGAGAGCAAUUUCAGCGAGCUCGAAUUCGAGCGCAAGGGCGACGAGAACAUCAACAUCACAAUCAAUCUGCAUCGGUUCCAGAAUCCCGAGGUUUUCCGACUGAGCAAGCCUCUCUCUGAGCUGCUAGAUACAGACGAGGAGGAUCGUGCGGGCGUGUUGAUGGGCAUCUGGGAGUAUGCGCGGUCGCAGCACCUGCAACAAGACGACGACGAGCGCAAGUUUGCCUGCGACGCAAAGCUCAAAGCCCUGUUCAACGGCCAGGACUCGUUCUACUUCCCAAACCUUCCACAACUCAUCAAGCCGCAUCUCACGACGCUCCCACCCAUCCAACUACAGUACACAAUUCGCGUGGACAAGGACUACCUUGCGCCUUCAGAAGGCGGCAAGAAGGCCUCAGAACCCACCGUCUACGACGUGCAAGUGGCGCUCGAAGACCCAAUGCAGCCUUUGUUCCAGGACAUUCUGCGACGACCAGACAGCAUCCAAACACUCCAAGAGAUCCAGAAGCUGGACGAGCAACUGGUCCUGCUCAUGGGCGCCAUCGGGCAGUCAAAGGCCAAGCACGCAUUCUUCACCAGCAUGGCCAAGGAUCCCGUGGCGUUCUUCAAGCGCUGGCUGUCAUCUCAGAAACGCGACCUCGAGGUUCUACUCGGCGAAGCUACAAGGGGCGGUGGCGAGGACGUAUCUGGAGAGGAAUGGAGGCGUGGAGGAGCGGACGGUGUCUGGGGCAGCGAGAUCGCAAAGGAGAGUGUUGCGCUGUGGUUGGCAAGGGCGCAGAACGUCAAGUCGCACUAG